AAAAUUUCAUGGGACUUAACAAAUGUUGAAAUGGGUCAAUUUACAGUCUUCCUGGAAAGAGCUGCAUCCAAAAAGCUGAUGACAACAGCUGAAGUGUUGAACGUUCGCAUCAGAAUCACAGCCUGCAUCAACAACUUGCAGGAGAGAAUCAGAUUGAUUGAGGAAAAACAAAAAGUGAUCCAACAUAAUGAAGAAGUGCUGAAGAAACAUGAACAAGAGAUGAAGAUGAAUGAGGAGUUCACAGUAGAAGCUGAUGAGGUUUACAAAGAAAGAGAGGAUAUCACAGGUGGGAUGUGGUGGUUGGUGUUUUAUGAAGGAGCUGUCUGCUGCAUUGUCUGUGAGGAGAACUGUCACUAUCCUGGAUGCACAAUGGCCUGGAGUCCUAACAGCUGUGAGGUCAUGAAAAAAGGCCACUGUACUUCAUGUACCAAUAAGUGUCCAGUGUCAGAUCAUGUGAAAGUACAAUGGAGAUAUGUGACCAAGACCAGGAAAGUUAUGAAGACUGUAAAGGAAAUGAAAGAGAAGUAUGAAAAGAAUAAAGCUGAAAGUGAGAAGAAAUUAAGCCUGUUGGAAAAUCUAAAAGAGGAAAUGGAAAAGCUGAAGAUAGAGAAGAAUCAGCUGCUUGAAGAGGUCUACCAGCUUGUUGUCAGACUGGAACAGAUCGCCCUGAAUGUCUGUUCUCUGUCCACUCAUGUCCACUUGGACUAA